AUGGAUUUGGGAAAGGACAGAUCUCAUCUGAAGCACCAUCAGACAUCUGAUCUUCAUCAAGAAGAGAACCAUACUCCAGAAGUCAUUGGAAGUUGGAAUUUGCGAAACAGAGAACAACUCAGAAAAAGAAAAGCCGAAUCACAAGAAAAUCAAACUUCACAAUGGCUCUUUGGUCCUAAAAUGUGCCAAGAAACAGCUGUACCCAAAGCUCUUCCUUGUACAACCUCUGAUGACACAGUUGACCUGGAGGGAUGCUCUCCUGAAGCAUACCCCAAACCAGAUGUGCCUACAACUCUUGACAUGUACCAAAAACCAGAUGAACCGGAGCAAUACAGUGCUGAAUCAGAUCAAAAAAUAGCUGAGAAUGAAGGUUUCUUUCCUAAAACACAAGAAAUAGCUGUGCUCAAAGAUCUUUCUACAAAUACAUACCUAGAAACAGUUGAAUCUGAACACUCAUCUCAUAAAACAUAUAAAGAAAUUACUGUGCCUAAAGCCCCCUGUCAUAAAACAAUCCAAGAAACACCUCAGCCUGAAGAAUAUUCACCUGAAACAUAUCAAGAAACACCUGGACCUGGAAAAUAUUCACCUAAAAUAUACCAAGAAACACCUGGGCUCCAGGAAUAUUCACCUGAAAUAAACCAAGAAACACUGGGGCCUGAAGACCUCUCUACUAAGAUAUAUGAAAAUAAGGUUGUGCCUAAAGAAUGCUUUCCAGAACCAUACCAAGAAAUAGGUGGGCCCCAAGGCCAGGAUCCUAAAGUACACCAGAAAGAUGCUAAGAACAUUAAUACUUUUCCUCAAGAUAAGUGUAACAAAAACAUGGUGUUAGCUGGCUUCCAAGUAAUACAUAUUUUGAGGAACUACUUUAAAGAAAUGAAUUACCGUAUAAAGCAGACAUAUGAAGCACUGCUUGCCCUGACCAAGUACUCUACUGGAGAAGUAGCUCUAAUCAACACAGCAUCUGGAUUCCUAACAGUUUCAUUCUAA